GCCAGGCAGCGGCGCGGCUCGGGCGCGGUGGGUGCGGGCCGGGCCCGGCGCGGGGCGGCUCCCGGGCAGCGGGCCGUGAGGGGCGGCGGGGGAACUGCCCUGGCGCGGGAGCCGAGCGCGGGGAGAGCUGCGAGGGAAACGCGGCUCCCACUGAGCCGGUGGUGACAACUGGCGCGAGGAGGUUUGAACAAGAAGGCGGGGCGGUAAAAGCGGCCCCGAGCGUUUGCGCUGUGAGCUCCCCCUGCUGCCAUUGGCUCCCGUGGCCUGACGCCGCCGCUGUUCCCGCCAGGUUCGGUACGGCGCUAUGGGUAAUGCACCGGCGGAAGAUGAAGUAACGCUCUUUGAAAGAGCUAUGAAAGAGUUUUGGAUCCAGUUUAAAAUCAGUUAUGGCACUGAACAGAACAAUCAGACGUCAGCGCUGAGAGAUUUGUGCAAGGAGACUUUAGAAGCUCUUUCAGAGCAAUGGUCCAAGAAGCUGAAAGAAGAGGAUCUGAUGAUUGACAAAAUUCACGAGUAUAACAAUGAGAUUCUCCAGCAGAGCAAAUACGUAGCAGAAAAGGAAGAGCAGUUGACAGAAAUAAAAUCAAAGCUAAAUCAAGAACAAGAGCAGCAGAAGAACUUGACUGACAGCAUCCAAGAGCUUAAAGAAGAGUUGAUGAAGAAAAUGGAAAUAAAAUCUUCUAAAAAUAAAGCUGCCAAGGAGAAAGUGGAACAAGUGAGCAAGAUUAAAACAUUGUUUAAAGAGCAUCUUGCACUGGAGAUGCGUAGAAUUCCAGAUGAGCAAUUACAGUUUAUAUUCAGACACAUUGACCACAAAGAUCCUGAUAAGCCAUACAUGUGUACUGUUUCCAUAAAUGAACAAGGGGACUAUGAAGUGACUUCCUGUACUCCUCCUCUGGACUGUAUCGCAGAGUUACAGCUUAAACUGAGAGAAACUAACAAUUUUUCUGCAUUUGUUGCCAACAUCAGAAAAGCUUUCACUGCUUUAUCAUAUAAACAGUCUGCAUGAAACUGGUUUGUACCUCUCUUUCUGGCUGUAGAGCACUCUUACUCCCUUCCUGUUGCUAAAAUGGUGUAUUUAUCCAUGUCUGACUCCUAAUUUCUAAAUAAAGAUAGUGAAAGCAGUA